UGCCCUGGGAGUAAAAUGAGCCCGGCAGUGGGCUGGCUAGCUGCAGAGGUGGAAACCCGGGUUGGAGCAGUUGGGGUCGCGCUCCUAGUUCAGGCGCAAGGAGCGUGAGCGCCCGGAGGUGGACUCGGGAUUUCAACGUACCGCAUAUUUGCCUCUGUUGACGUCAAAUAUGGAGUUAAGGUGGCUAUUGAGGGGGCUUGAGGAAAUGGUGGUAAGCCAAAAAACAAAAAACAAAAAAAAGGGGGGGGGGCAUAGCACGUCUAGUUCUUCAAGUUUUUGUCAGAAAAGAGCGGGAAAGCGCCCCCAUCCAGCUUGUUAAGCCGAGGAAUCGGCGAGUCUCCCAGCCCCACCCCUGCAGCAGUGAUGCAAAGAGAACAAAUCACCGACGUAGAGAGGAGGGAAAAAAAAAAAGAAAGAAGGAAGGAACCCCCUGGGGGUGGUGGGAGGAGAGAGCGGACGGAGUAAGCACGGAGCAGUCUCCAACCACUGGGACGAGAGGGAGCGCUUUCUGGGGAAACAAACUCCGCAUAAAUAAUUGAGUUUGGAGCUCAGUGCUUUCAGAAGCUCGGAGCGCACCUCCCCAGCGCCUUCCUAGCUGAAAAGGAGCCGAGCGGGGAAAGAGGUCGGUGACGGGAGCGAGAGCAGCUCGGCCGGCGGUGGGACGCUGUGCCCGCAAACGCCCGCAAGAGGGACAGCGGGGCCCAGUGAGCAGAGCCCAGCGAGCGCGGGAAGGACAGCGCGCGACGGGCAAGGAGCCCUCGCCAGCGGCGGUGGGAAGACAGCUGGGAGGCGCUGCAUGGACAGCAUGCGUUUCUCCGGAGGCCCCAACGAGGGGCCCGCGGACAACUCCAGCCAGGGGUGGCCCCUGUUACCCGGCGGUGUCAACGGCAGCCGGGCAGCGGAGGCGCUCGGGGACGGCGGCAGCCCCCAGGGGGACGUGCGCAACGAGGAGCUGGCCAAGCUGGAGAUCGCCGUGCUGGCUGUGACUUUCGUGGUAGCCGUGCUAGGCAACAGCAGCGUGUUGGUGGCGCUGCACCGCACCCCUCGCAAGACGUCCCGCAUGCACCUCUUCAUCCGCCACCUCAGCCUGGCCGACCUGGCCGUCGCUUUCUUCCAGGUACUGCCGCAGAUGUGCUGGGACAUCACCUACCGUUUCCGCGGGCCUGACGGGCUGUGCCGCGUGGUGAAGCACCUGCAGGUGUUCGGCAUGUUCGUGUCGCCCUACAUGCUGGUGGUCAUGACCGCCGACCGCUACAUUGCGGUGUGCCACCCGCUGAAGACGCUGCAGCAACCGACGCGCCGCUCGCGCCUCAUGAUCGCUGCCGCCUGGGUGCUGAGCUUCGUGCUUAGCACGCCGCAGUACUUCGUCUUCUCCAUGGUCGAGGUGAACAACGUCACCAAGGCCCGGGACUGCUGGGCCACCUUCAUCCAGCCCUGGGGUCCCCGCGCCUAUGUAACCUGGAUGACGGGUGGCAUCUUCGUGGCGCCCGUGGUCAUCCUGGGUACCUGCUAUGGCUUCAUCUGCUACCACAUCUGGCGCAACGUCCGCGGAAAGACGGCUUUGCUUCCCGGAAAGGGCGCCGAGGGCGCGAGUGGCGCUUUGCAUAAGGGGCUCCUGCUCGCGCCGUGUAUCAGCAGCGUGAAGACCAUUUCCCGCGCCAAGAUUCGCACGGUGAAGAUGACUUUUGUGAUCGUGACCGUUUACAUCGUUUGCUGGGCGCCCUUCUUCAUCCUUCAGAUGUGGUCUGUCUGGGAUGAGAAGUUUGUUUGGAUCGAAUCAGAAAACCCGGCCAUCACCAUCACUGCAUUACUGGCUUCCUUGAAUAGUUGCUGUAAUCCCUGGAUAUACAUGUUUUUUAGCGGCCAUCUCCUGCAAGACUGUGUCCACAGCUUCCCAUGCUGCCAGAACAUGAAUCAAACGUUCAACAAAGAAGAUUCUGACAGUAUGAGCAGAAGACAGACUUCUUACACUAACAACCGGAGCCCCACAAACAGUAUGGGUACAUGGAAGGACUCGCCUAAAUCGUCCAAGUCCAUCAGAUUCAUUCCUGUUUCAACCUGAGCCCACAUUCACGCAGCCUGACUCUUGUAGUGGUCUUUUGGGUCUACUGGCUGAAUCCAGCUAGAAAUCAUGGGAACAAAUGAACUUCUAAGAGAUAAGCGUCAGUUUGUUGAGUGCAAGACUGUGUUUCUAGUUGCAUUUUCUCAUUGCUAUGACCAAAAGUUAUGAAUUGUUUUAUAUGGGACGUUAAAAAAUAAAAAAAUUAAAAAAUGAUGAAAAAAUAUGCUACACUAAGAUUUUUAGGCCUAAUUUUCAGAAAUAUAAUAGAAGUUAUAGUUCUAAAGGAAAAACAUAACCACCCUGGCUUACAUUCUGUUGUUGGUUUCCUUUCUUUUCUUUUCCUUUUAUUAUGGAUAGAACUAAGGCUUGCUUGGUUUAGAAGUCAUAGGAUGUUGGGGCAUUAUUUCAAACAAAGUGAGCUCAUCAUCAGCCUUAGUGUUUGAAAGGAAUUAGAAGAACCUUCAGAGAAAUUUUUUCCAUCCAAUAAAAAUCAGUUCAUGCAUCAGAAAAUGCAGCCUCAGGUGCACCUGGGUGGCUCAGUCGGUUAAGCAUCUGACUUCCGGCUCAGGUCAUGAUCUCAGAGUUCCUGAAUUCCAGCCCCACGUUGGGCUCUGUGCUGACAGCUCAGAACCUGGAGACUGCCUCAGAUUCUGUGUCUCCCUCUUUCUCUGCCCCUCUCCUACUUGCAGUCCCUCUCUCUCUCUCUCUCUCUCUUUCAAAAAUAAACAUUAAAAAAGAAAAGAAAAGAAAAUGCAGCUUCAGGCAGAGACCUGGAGAUGGGAUAGCGCCUUGGACAGGCAUGAGUUCUUGGGGCAUAUGGAGCAGGGGGUGCUUGGUUCAGAGCAGAAAGAGAAAAGUUCUGUUAAAUGCUAAAUUUCAAAAUGGUAACUUUAGAACCGACAGUUCCCUCCUUGUUUUAGGCUCCUCAUGUUGUACCAGUUGUAGAAGGUAUAAUUUAUUAAGAUGCUGAAGGUUAGAGCAAAUAUUGUCAAAUGGCUAAUAAAAUCUUUUUUCUCCCACUGCGAGGCCAUUUUAAAAUCAGAUUUAUGUAAAGAAUAUCCAGUUUUGUUAGAAGAACAGAAAUGGAUUGCCCAAGGUACUAUGUAGACUUUGUCUAGAACACUGUAAACAUAUUUUGACCAGUGUUACAGGGUAUUCUGUGUUGUGGUGGAUAGUAACAUGAUUAUUACUUCAUGUUUGGGGUGUCCAGACUUAUAAAUAAGAGUCUCCUAAAGAGAAACUCAAGAUGUAGAAUGUCCCUUCGUGUUUAAUUAAAAAUAAUUUGGUCUUUCCUUCCAGUCUCCCAACUGUCUAAGUUACAUAUGGUAGACGAGAGGCACGGUUGGAUGGAAUGGGGUGGAGAUGGAGGGAAAAAAAUUGCUCUGCACCUAGUAUGGUUUCCUUUGUUACUAAAUGCAUGAUUUUGGAAAAUUACUUAAGCACACAUAAAGCUUUCAUCUCCUUGGCUGUACAGUGGGGUUGAUAACGCCUCACAGGAUUGUUGUGAGGACAAAAUGAAAUCAAAGGUGUGAAAAGAUCUUCCUGAACUGUCACGUGUCAUAUGAAUGUACCAAUUGCUUUUAUUAUAGUCUUAGGGCCUUCAGAAUUGAACAGCUUUUUCCUGUUUACUUUCCAUUAACCAGAAUUUGUUGGUUUCAUGUCUGGGAUAUAAAAUCCUAGAAUUUAAAUAUAGCUCUGCUGAUUCAUUGGAGAGCAUUGCCAGCGGCCACUAAGCUUGACUUGUGCCUAACCAAAGUUUUCCAAUUCAAAGAUAGAACUUGCUUGCCUUUAAAUGCAGGUAAGUCAUGGGGCAGCUGGGUGGCUCAGUCAGUUAAGCGUCAGACUUCCGCUCGGGUCAUGAUCUCAUGGUUUGUGAGUUCGAGCCGUGCACUGGGUUCUGUGCUGAGAGUCUGGAGCCUGCUUCAGAUUCGGUGUCUCCCUCUCGCUCUCUGCCCCUCUCCACUCUCACUUUGUGUGUGUGUGUGUGUGUGUGUGUGUGUGUGUGUGUGUGUGUGUCUUUCAAAAAUAAACAUUAAAUAAAAAAUAAAUAAACGCAGGCAAAUCAGAGCCAGCCAAGAACAUCAAUUUCUUUUACUUCUAAACAGAGAUAAAUUACAGCACGACUUGACUGUUGUUACUGCAUUUUUCAUUAAUGGAACCCAGUGUUUUUUUCCGAGCUAUUUUGUCUGGCUCCCUCUCCUAUUUAGAGAUCAUGCAAUGAUUUGAGGACACAUCAUAAAUAUUUUGAAUCCCUUAGAGGAAUUAAUAAUCAUUUUAAUAGCGUUGUUGUUGUUGUUGUUGUUGUUUAACUUUGCAGAUAAGAAAUUGAGGACUAGAUAGCACUGUGAGAACCUGGAAGUUUCAAGUUCACUCCUCUUCAUUCUCUUGCCUUUCCAAAUUCUCACGCCCGCUACUCCCUGGAUUGAUAUGCCUACAAAAAGCUUGCAAAUAUUUUAUAGAAAUUAAGCCCUUAGGUUUUACAAUUCUGCUUUUUAAAAAUCGGAAAUAUGUCUCUUAAAGGGCACUGGAUGGCACAUUAUGAGCCACCUUAAAUUAAUCAGUUCCUCAUCAUUUGAGUCAUAAUAGCACCCCAGUAACCCUGCCCUCUCUGACGCUGUCAGCUCCUGUGGCAGCUUCUCUUCAACAAUUCAGAACUAAAGCCCUCUGGGUUGGUACAAAGAUGAGCCCAUCCAAUUCCAAAAUAAUAGCCUCAUGUUUUUUGUACAGACUGUUUCAAAAUGUUGAUGUGUACCUCCAGGUAAAACAAUUCGAUUUGAAUCUUCUAUUUAGGAACAUCUCUCAAAUAAGUUGUGUAUCAACCACUGAGCUGUGUUCUCUCAUUUUAAUGCAUCAGGAGACAAGAUAAUACAAAAGGCUAGGGAAAACACCAGAUGAUCCUGAGCGCUAGUUCUGUACUAGGCAAAUAGACGGUAUUAUUCUCCGUGAUUUAGGCUGAGAAGCUUAACUUAGCUAGUUGCUAAACUUCCUUAGUGUUAUGUACCCAGAUAUGGUAUUCAUAUGUCCCAAAACAAUACUCCAAGUGGAAGAGUCCUGCCUGUCUAUUUUAGAAGAAAGGGUGGGGCGCCUGGAUAGCUCAGCCUGUUAAGCAUCUGACUUUGGCUAAGGUCAUGAUCUCAUGGUCCGUGAGUUAGAUCCCCAAGUCGGGCUCAGUGCUGACAGCUCAGAGCUUGGAGCCUGCUUCAGAUUCUGUGUCUCCCUCUCUUUUUCUGCCCCUCCCCUGCUCACAUUUUGUGUGUCUCUCUCUCAAAAAUAAAUAAACAUUUUUUUUUU